AUGGCGGCCACCACUGACAACCGCAAAUCAGUCCUCAUCACCGGCUGCAGUCCUGGGGGCAUCGGGCACGCCCUCGCCCUGGCCUUCCAUGCUCGAGGACUCCGGGUCUUUGCCACGGCUCGAACCACGGGCCAAAUCGUCGACUUAUCAGAGAAAGGCAUUGAGACUUUGCCCUUGGUGGUCGACGACGACGACUCGAUCCUGUCCUGUUUCAGAGAAGUCGAGCUGUUGACCCAUGGUCGGGGGCUGGAUUACCUCGGUGAGGGAGCCUUUGUCCUUGGAGAGCUUUUGAAAGUAGAAACUGACGAACGAGUUCGUGAACUCACAGUCAACAAUGCGGGCGUCUCGUACGUGAUGCCCGCUCUGGACAUCAACAUCUCCGAAGCCAAGAAGAUCUUCGACGUCAAUCUCUUCGCCAUCAUGCGCCUGUGCCAGGUCUUCUCGCCUCUCCUCAUCACCGCCCACGGCACCAUCGUCAUGAUCGGGAGUCUCGCCGGAUGUAUUCCCUACGUCUUUGGCGGAGUCUACAAUUCCUCAAAGGCCGCCCUGCACGCCUAUGCCAACACGUUGCGCGUUGAACUCGCCCCCUUUGACGUCAAGGUCAUCACCAUCGUCACGGGCGGCGUCAAGUCUCGCAUCUCUUCGCAUGUCAAGCGCGUCUUGCCCCAGGACAGCGUCUACGCCCCGCUCGAGGAGAACUACCACAGACGCCAGGGUCAUUCCCAGGAAGGCGCCAUGCCCGCCGAGGCGUAUGCCGAGAGUGUCGUCAGUCAAGUACUUCCUGGCGCCGGGCCGUGGCCUUGGAGGUGGUUGUUGAGGGAUGCCCGGAGGAACUGGAUCUGGGAGGGCAAUAAAUCCUGGGUGGUCUACUUCCUUUCAGGUGGCUAUACCUGGACUUCCUUCUUCGACCGGUAUAUGACCUGGUUGUUCCAACUCCGGAAGCUGAAGCGGAAGGAGAUCUGA